GGAACCGCGACUCCGCCCCUCCCACCCCCGUCAGAGCGCUGGGCACGGAUCUAAGACUCACCGGCCCGGGUCCAGGGCCAGCCCAGUCGCCGCCGCCCGCGCACAAAGCCACAGGCAGGUGUAGGCGCUGCCGAGGCGCGAGCGGGCAGAGCCGAGCCGUUAGCGCGCGCCGUCCGUGCGUCCGUCAGUGCGUCCGUCCGCUGAGGCAUCCGUCCGUCGGCGCGCCCAGCUCCCGCCCAGGCCCAGCGGUCACGGCCCCUCGUCGUCCCGCACCCUGAGCCGCCCGGCGGAGCCGGCUUUGGCGCGGCAGCCAUGUCCAUGGGCCUGGAGAUCGCGGGCACCUCGCUGGCCGUGCUGGGCUGGCUGAGCACCAUCGUGUGCUGCGCGCUGCCCAUGUGGCGCGUGACGGCCUUCAUCGGCAGCAGCAUCAUCACGGCGCAGAUCACCUGGGAGGGCCUGUGGAUGAACUGCGUGGUGCAGAGCACCGGCCAGAUGCAGUGCAAGGUGUACGACUCGCUGCUGGCGCUGCCGCAGGACCUGCAGGCGGCCCGCGCCCUCAUCGUCGUGUCCAUCCUGCUGGCCGCCUUCGGGCUCCUCGUGGCGCUGGUGGGCGCCCAGUGCACCAACUGCGUGCAGGACGACACGGCCAAGGCCAAGAUCACCAUCGUGGCAGGAGUGCUCUUCCUGUUGGCCGCCGUGCUCACCCUGGUGCCGGUGUCCUGGUCGGCGAACACCAUCAUCCGGGACUUCUACAACCCGCUGGUGCCCGACGCGCAGAAGCGCGAGAUGGGCGCGGGCCUGUACGUGGGCUGGGCGGCGGCGGCGCUGCAGCUGCUGGGGGGCGCGCUGCUCUGUUGCUCCUGCCCGCCGCGCGAGAAGAAGUACGCGCCCGCCAAGAUCCUCUACUCGGCGCCGCGCUCCGCCGGCCCGGGCACCAGCACAGCCUAUGACCGCAGGGACUACGUCUGAGGGGCAGCCGCGGGGACAGCCCAGCACCCUUCGGGCUGGAGCGCCCACCAGUCCGGCGUGCGGCUUCUCAUCGGAGACCAGCCCGUCCCACACGCUGGGAGCUCUCUCACUGGACUGGGAGGGACCAACCCGGCGGCCCCUUCCCCAGUUGCACGCACCACCACCACCACCACCACCACCCCCCGGGCCGGCGAGCGGGAGCACUGCGCGGGGGACCAGCCCGCACGGACAGUGAAACCUUGCUCCUCCGGAGCGCGGGGCUGCAGUGGCCGCCGCUACUUGCCAGCCCCGUCGGGCUGCGGCCCCGAAGCCCGCGUUGGGCAGGGACCCGCAGUCUUGAAAAGGGCCAGUUGAUAUUUUUCAAUAAAAGCCUUUCGUUUUGCAUUUG